AUGUCGGACCAUAGCCCCUGCAGCGAGCAAGAAAAGGAAAUUGACGACGAGAUUAAUGAUCCUCGUCACGACACUCUAUUCCCCUCUUCCAGGCCAGCCGAGGAGGGUGCAUCGGAAAAACGCGACGCUGAAAACCUGACUGCUCUACAGAAUCUACCCCAGAGCAACGAAUACCAGCUGGUAGAUGCUUCUGGAAACCUAGUUCCGUCCAAUGUCCACAUCAAUGCCCAGUUACGCGGUCGAUUCAGCCAGUCAGAAAAUUCCGCAGAUGCAGUAGAGUUGAUCUUUUAUCGGCGCAAUAAAUUCAAAGUCCUCGGCACCGUUUCGAUCCCAGGCGGAAUAGAAGCAGUGCAAGUCGCUGAGACUGGCCAGUUGCUACGGAUUACUGGCUUUCAGGCAGAAUUGGAUGCGAUUGAAAGCCUCGAAGGGGCUGCAGUGCGUGUGUUGCAGCCACCGCCCAAGGACAAGGAGCCAACGCCUUCCUCUCAUUCGCGUGGGAAAAAGACCAGCGAAGGUUUGUGUAAGCUUGGAUUGGCAUACAAUGGACUAUCCGAGGAAAAUUCGGCUCCGGUUGCCUGGGAAAAGCUUCAGUUUCGAUAUGCAACAACAAAAAAGCGCGGCACAUGGCAGUGCUUUUACCUGCGAGUAACCGUGAGAGCUACACUGGAAGAUGGCAGCAGCCCAGUCCUUUGUCGGGCCCAAAGCGCAGCUAUUACAGUCCGAGGAAGAUCGCCUCAAAGCUUCCCUGACACAAAUAAGAAAACAACGAAACCAGCAAAACACCUAGUCGCCGCGACACAGAACAGCACGAGCAACCAUGGGCGCGAAACAAAUGAUCUCGCUUUUCCAAUGGAUUGCGCCGUCAACACCUCAGACAGUCUUCUUUUUUACAACUUUUCCGACUUAGGGAGCUGGAACGAAGGCCUGCAGUGGCAAGAUGAUUCGAAUGGGACCGACAGUCAGGAAUACAAUGUUACAUUGGCUGGAGAGGGCAAUGAGAACGAUAGGAGCAGUAACCAUAAUGCCAACGACAGCAGUCACAGUCUAUUCAUCCCACCCAUGGAAACGUCACUUCUGCCUAGUUUACCCGAUCUAGACUCGAUAUUCAAUCUGCCGAACCCGCUCUCGGCGAUCCCGAUGGACAAUAUGCAGAUGCUACAGAAUAUGCCCACAUCAAAUCCAAUAUCUGAGAGUCCAGAUGGAGACCAGGAUGAAGAGGAAGACAGCGACGAAGAGCGCAGCACGUUUUCAUACGAAUACAUUCCACUGUCCAUCAAUGAUUGGACGGUUCCAGUCGAUGCAGUCUACCGACCACAUGGAGUCCAUGCUCGCAAAAUACCAAAUAAAGGACAAUCUAUUACGAAGAAGCGCUAUUUCCUUACCGUCAAAUAG